AUGUCUGACCAUUACUGCAACCGAUAUUGGCGAAGGAAACAUCUCCCUUUAACCCUCAUCGCCGUUGAACCUCCCUCAGGAUGGCGAGGCGCCUCCGUGAACCACUCAAAAGCAUCCUUGGAAUGGCUCAUGUGGGUACAACACCAUUCCGGAGGCAGAAUUCAACAUACCCGUCAAGGUGGUGGGCACUGCAUACCCAUAGGCCCCCUCUCCUACUUCGACGAUGGUUAUGAUGCAGAAACUCAUACCGUGUACGAAUUUCAUGGCUGUAUUUUCCAUAGCUGUCGUAGUUCCUACCCAAAGAGAAAACAGAUUCCAUUCUGCUCUGACGGAUUAACCGUGGAAGUCUUAAGACAGCAAACCAACCAAAAAAAUUUAAAAAAACUCCGUGGUAGAGGGUAUAGAGUCGUGGAGAUGUGGGGGUGUCAGUGGGAACAAGAAAAAAAAGACACACCCACCAUCGUCGAUUUUCUCAAAGAUAUGGAUAUCAUCUCCCCAUUAAACUCAAGAGAAGGUUUCUUCGGCGGAAGAACCGGCGCUGCUUGUCUCUACUAUACAGCCAACCUAGCAGAAGACGAAGAGAUACGUUAUGUGGACGUUGCCUCUGAAUACCCGUUCGUCAACAAAUAUGGUGAAUAUCCCGUCGGUCAUCCAGACAUCUAUUUUGAACCUGAAAACCAAAAUCUUAGAAGCUACUUUAGGCUCAUGAAAGUAGACAUCGUCCCGCCCACUGGUUUGUACAAUCCAGUUCUACCGUUUCGCCGUAAAAUCGGUAAUUCAUACAAGCGCGCUUUCCCACUCUGUCGUGCAUGUGUUGAAGUGGAAACCCAAAAAGGAGAUAUGUUAAAGUGA